AUGAUUUUUGAGCGACUGAGAAAGCAUCAGUUGAAAAUGAAUCCAUUAAAAUGCGCAUUUGGCGUCAAAUCCGGCAAGUUUCUUGGGUUCAUUGUUCGCCAUCAGGGGAUAGAAAUUGAACAAGCAAAGAUUGAUGCCAUACUAAAAAUACCCGAACCUCGAAAUAUUCAUGACCUGAAAAGUUUGCAAGGGAAGUUAGCAUACUUACGAAGGUUUAUUUCAAAUUUAGCUGGAAGGUGUCAACCAUUUAGCCGAAUUAUGAAGAAGAGUAUACCAUUCGAGUGGGAUGAGUCAUGUAGAAAUGCUUUCAAGAACAUCAAAUCUUACUUGAUGCAGCCUCCUGUAUUAGCAGCACCUGUGCCAGGACGCCCCUUGAUUUUAUAUAUUGCUGCUCAAGAACGAUCCAUGGGAGCUUUGCUUGCGCAAGAGAAUGAAGGUGGAAAAGAGAAUGCAUUAUACUACUUGAGCAGGACAAUGACACCAAAUGAGUUGAAAUAUGCUCCAAUUGAGAAGCUGUGUUUGGCAUUGAUUUUCUCUAUCCAGAAGCUUAAGCAUUAUUUUCAAGCUCACACUGUCCGCCUCGUAUCUAAGGCAAACCCUUUAAAGUUUGUGAUGUCCAGACCUGUUCUAUCUGACAGACUUGCACGUUGGUACCUCCAACUGCAACAAUUUGAGAUUGUGUAUGUUCCUCAAAAGGCUGUGAAGGGACAAGUGUUGGCAGACUUCUUAGCAGACCACCCAAUUCCUGCUGAAUGGGAGCUAAGUGAUGACCUCCCGGAUGAAGAUGCACUUGUAAUCGAUGUCGCCCUACCAUGGUGGAUGUUUUUCGAUGGAGCAUCUCAUAAAGAAGGUGCUGGUGCCGGGAUCGUGUUCGUGACACCAGAGCGUCAAGUGCUGCCAUUUUCCUUCACUCUAACUGAGAAUUGCUCUAACAAUGUAGCAGAAUAUCAAGCUCUGAUCCUCGGUUUGGAAAUGGCGUUGAAUAUGCAACAAUCUCACCUCAAGGUAUAUGGUGAUUCUAAAUUGGUGGUUAAUCAAAUACUUGGAUUGUAUGAAGUAAAGAAACCUGAAUUAUUGCCAUACGUCAAGUAUGCUCGCAAGAUCAUUGAGUGGCUUGGAGAUGUGGAAAUCGAACAUGUUCCAAGAAGUGAAAAUAAGCAAGCAGAUGCCUUGGCUAAACUCGCGUCUACCAUAGCUAUGAUCAGUGGCGAAAUUCAAAUUCCAGUGUGUGAAAGAUGGGUUAUACCACCUAUUUUUGAAGAAGAGAAAUGCGAAGAAAUUGAAAGUCAUCUCGUUGAGGUCUUCGAAAUUGAGGAGGAAGAUUGGCGCCAGCUGUUGGUCGAUUACUUGAAGUAUGAUAAAUUACCAAAUGAUCCACGUCGAAGGGUUGACAUCCGACGACGCGCCACUCGUUUCAUUUUCUUCAAAGGGACGCUUUAUAGGAGGUCUUUUGAUGGAGUAUUUCUCAGGUGCCUAAGUAAUGAGGAAGCUGCUAAAGCCAUGGAAGAGGCGCAUUCUGGCAUUUGCGGUGCUCACCAGUCAGGUCCAAAGCUGCACUUCCGAAUCAAGAGGAUGGGCUACUACUGGCCAACCAUGGUGAAAGAUUGUCAAGAUUAUGCACAAAGAUGUCAAGCUUGCCAAUUUCAUGCAAACCUCAUCCAUCAGCCGCCCGAACCACUACACCUCACGGUUGCGUCCUGGCCUUUUGAUGCCUAG